AUGGAUCUUACAACGCUGUUUUACAAUCUUCGUGAAGAAGUGUCUUGCUCGGUGUGUUCGGACUUAUUUACGGAUCCUAAACAUCUCUCCUGUCUGCACAGUUUCUGCUUGAAGUGCCUGCAACAAUGGUACGAGACGUGCGGCGGCGGAGAGGCCAUUAAAUGCCCGAAGUGCCAAACCCUAAGCAGAGUGCCUGCGAGCGGUGAUCUAAAAGAUCUUCCAACCAGCUUCUAUUUGAACGGCUUAAUGGAUGUUCUUGCCAUCAAAGAAUGCAAAAACACUCAAGUUACAUGCGGAAACUGCGACAAAAAGAGUUCAGAAGCUUCGUAUUGUUUCCAGUGUUGCAUAUUUUAUUGCGAGCAAUGCCUGGUUGGUCACAAUAUGAUGCGAGACAAAAAGGAACACCGCGUAUUGGCGGUAAAAGAGUUCCAAGACAAGGACUACGAGGAUAUAUUGAAGCGACCAGCGUUUUGUUCAAAGGAACGUCACCAGAAAGAAGAGCUCAAAUACAUGACGUUUCUUACGCUCUGCCGAGAAACGGUUUGAACGCAGUGAAACUUAGUGCCUCCAGUACUAAACUCUAAUUAGCUUCUUCUUCGGCUUUUGUUUUGUGAGCUUUAUUUUAGAUAGGAAGUAUCGCAGAGAGAAGAGUUAGAUGCAAAACUAAACGUAAUUGCUCAGCUAGACGAAGACUGUGCUAAAGUGAUUCAACAAAGUGAAAUCGCCAGGAGAUAUGUCCAAAGGUUUGCUGAUGGCUUGAUCAAAACAAUUCAAGCAAAAAUGAAAAAUAUUUUUACCGCUGUGGAAAACCAAACGAAGAAGUCACUCGAAAGUUUAAAAGCUAAAAGAAGUGCGAUUCAGCAACAGAUAAAUGCCACCGAAUCAUCACUGGAGGAAGCUGAUAAACUUUUAAAACGAAGCACCACCGCGGAAGUUGUUCAACUCAAAAAAUUACUACAAACAAUUUUCCAAGGAUUGAAUCCAACCGAGCCUAUUGUUCAUGACCCCAGUAGUCUGCAAACUUUAGUUUUUGUGGAAAAUCGGAAGACGAUUGAUACCGUCAACGGGGAAGAACUUGGUUUCCUGUGCAUGGAAGAAGGUUAUCGAAAAAAACCGAGCAAAUUUUUGGCUGAAGGUAAAGGACUGAAAGAAGGAACUGUUGGGCGUAAAGCUCAAUUUAAUUUGAUCACAAGAAACGGGAAGAGAAAGCAGUGGUAUGAUGAAGGGGACCGUGUCACGGUAGAGAUCAAGGACGAGCAAGAACGAGAAUGCGUGACCCAAGUGAAAAUAGAUGAUAAAAAAAAUGGAAUCUACAAAAUCACUUAUUUUCCCAUAGUUCACGGGACAUUCAAAUUAUUAGUUAAGGUAAACGGGGAACAUAUUUCUUGUAGUCCUUUUACUGUGAUUUUAAAACCAUUUCAAGUCAAACUUGUUUCAUCUUUUGGAAAGGAAGGCUCGGGUGAUGGAAUGUUUAAGUAUCCUGAGGGGAUGGCCGUGAGUGAUAGGGACGAAAUAGUAGUGGCUGACAGCCAGAACCAUCGGGUUCAAGUGUUUAACAGUAAUGGUACUUUAUUAAGAUCCUUUGGUCGAAGAGGUGAAAAUGCUGGAGAGUUCAAACGCCCUAUUGGAGUAGCCAUUAAUAAGGACAGGAAUAUUUUUGUAGCAGACAAUGACAACCACAGAAUACAGAUUUUUAGUUGGGAGGGGAGGCACCUGGGUUCAUUUGGUGGCAAAGGACACCUUGAUAGUCAGCUCUCUUUCCCUCGGGGUUUAUCCUUAGAUAGUACUGGUAAUGUUAUUGUUGCUGAUACAGGUAACAAACUCAUUAAGAUCUUUACCCCGGAUGGUAGGUUUUUAAUGAAGAUAGGUAUAUCGUGGUUGUUCAGUCUUCCUGUUCACUGUGUUCAGUGUGGUGAAUAUUUUAUAGUGUCAGACUCAAAUACAAACCAUAUCGAAGUAUAUCACAGGAAGGGACGUUUGCAGUGCCUGUUUGGUAGGCAGGGGGAGGGGGACGGGGAUUUUAAGUGUCCACGUUUUCUGUCAGUGACUCAGUCAAAGCAACUGUUCGUUUGUGAUAUGAAUAAUCAUAGAAUACAAGUCUUUGAACUAGAUGGGAAGUUUGUCGGAAAAUUUGGAACAAAUGGCACUAAAUUAGGAGAAUUCAAGGAACCAUUCUCAGUAGCUGUUCUAAGUAAUGAUCAAAUUGUUGUGUGUGACAAAAAUAAUCAUCGAAUUCAGAUAUUUCAAUAA